ACCUUCCUCACCUUCCUCACCUUCCUCACCUUCCUCACCUUCCUCACCCGGCCUUGUCCAUCAUCCCGUAAGCCUGGGCAGAAGAAAUCACGCUGGCGCUGACGAUAUAUAACCUAUCCACAUCCCGUCCGUCCUCUGUACGUCGCCCGGCCCGCCACCCACAUCCACAUCCACCCAUCACACCACCGCGAUCUACAUAAUAAAGGUGCUGAGAGGGCGCCCGCGGCAACCUUCACACGACGGUGCAAUAGCGACUGUCCUGUAUACAACUCACACACACAUACGAUACGCACGAGACAACGAGAAUUCCACUCCCUCACACGCGCUGGCUGGCCUUCGCGACGACGAGUGAGACAGGUGUGCACACCCAAAGCAGGACUCGACGCUCUGCCUGAGCAGCAGACAACAAACAUACACACACAACCAGCAGCAGUCAUGACUUCCAUACUCUGCCUCGCGCACUACUGCGACACCCACGGCCCAACCCCCCUAAUGGUGACCGAAGAGCUCCCCGCCCCCUGCACAACCUGCCUCGACCCCCCCACCUACCCCGACACCCCCCUCCCCUCCGCCUCCCUCUUCCGCAACCCCUCCGGCUCCUUCAGCCCCCCCACAAACUCCAUCCAGCUCUCGCGCCCGCGCCCCCCGUCGCCAACCCCCUCCACCCCGCCUGCCUCCCCGCGCAUGGCACCGCGCAUACACCGCCGCGACUCCUCUUUUCGAAAAACCUACGACGAAGCAGAUCGCAAGCGCGCCAUCCCAUGCGAAAACUGCGCACUCACCCUCCCGCGAAAGGUCUCCCCCUCACCAUCCACCUCCGCUUCGACAUCACCCUCCACCCCCCCCCCUGCGGCGGACGACUCAACCUCGCCCAUCCUCCGAACCCGCAAACCCUUCGCCCUCGUCUCCUCCGCCUCCUCGACACCAAAACACUCCCCCUCCCCCUCCGACUCCGACGAACCGGACUCCGCCCCUGCGCCCUCCCGCCGCCGCCGCUCUAUACCGCGCUCGGUGGCAGCAAGUCAUUCUCAGAAACACACACACUACCUCGACUACACAUCCUCCCACGAUCCCUCCUCCACAACAACAUUCUCCCUCCUCCGCGCCGCCUGCCUGCGCACCCUCUCCUGCGAGACGCUGCCCCCUUCUUCCCCUACCCCACAACCCGCUGGCGGCCCACUGUUCUUCGGCGAUCCGUUGGCGGGGUAUACCACCGCGUUCUUGUUCCGCAUUCCCGAUCCCUGGGCGAGGGGGCGGAGACGCGUAUACGCCUUCCUCUGCCUCAGCGUCCUCAGCGAGCGCAAAGCAAUGCGCGUCUUUGGCUUUCUCGCUGGUGCAUUCCGCGAGUUGGCGGGGUGGAUCCAAGGCUUAGCUGAGGCGGGCAACUCGGAGAGUGGUAUUGCUGAGGGGGGGAUUGAUGAGGAAGGUGGUGGUCGUGGCAGAGGAGAGCGAGAGCCGAGGAUACGAAGCAGUUUCCUUGGCAGCAGAGGAGAUGAGAGGGGGAGGGGGGUGAGGGCUAGAGGGUUGGCGGAGGUGGUGGGGAGGCCGGACUUUUUUAUUGAGUUGCAUGUUCGCUUUGUGGCGUUGGCGGCGCAGUUGAGGUUUUUGGUUGAGGGGGGGUAGGGGUGAGAGUUUCGUGUUCCGACAGAAUGGGGUUACUUCUACGCUACGGGGGGCGGUGGGGGGUGGAUGAGAGAUGGAAUGGAUGGAUGAGAUGAGAUGAGACAAGACGGCCUCAACGAGCGAUAGACGGUAGCGCGCGCGUGUGUAUAUUUUUAUAUGUACGGAAACCGGAAAACGGGUAUGGGGAGCAGAACUGAACUGAGCUUGGGGAUCUAUAAAACAAGGCCAUUGCUCCGCCUUCGGUAUGGGGUGUUUUUUGUUUUUUUGAGAGAGAGAUUUGGGCAUUUGGGAUUUGGCG